AAGAGUAAUAAGAAGAACUAUUUGUUGUCAAGAGGCAAAUAUCCCCAAUCUCAAAGUGGCUCUUAGGAUACUGAUCUUCAUGUGACAGUUGGUUGGCAACGGUUGGCAACGGCCCCUCCCAGUGUGUAGUGUCCAGCCCCUGAGGUUAGCAACAGAGAACACGAUUGGACAGAAGGAUUGGAAGAAGGAGAGAACCAAACAACCUUCUGUAGCGUGACAGUAGAGUGAACCUUGAAUUACUUCUUCAUUUGCUCUGUGGUUGGUAGUGGCACCAUUUCUGGGCAACGGCUAUAGAAACAGGAAGUUGUUACUGGUGGUUGGGCCUGCUAAUCAUCAAACAGACGGUCCCUGGUGGAAGACCAGAGUCUGCACGUGUAGCGAUGCGUGUAGAGAGGGAGAGGCCCCUUCCCUGCUACCUGACUCAGACUCUGGCUGUGACCUUCAACUUGCCCCCAGCCCCACCAUGUUGGACAAUGCCUCCCUGGUCUACAUCGUCCUGGAGCUGGUGAUCGCCUGCCUGGCCGUGACUGGUAAUGUGCUGGUCUGCUGGGCCGUGUGCCUCAACAGCACCCUGCAGAGCAUCACCAACUACUUUGUGGUGUCCCUGGCAGUGGCAGACAUCGCUGUGGGCAUGCUGGCCAUCCCCUUCGCCAUCACCAUCAGCACGGGCUUCUGCGCCAACUUCCACGGCUGCCUGUUCAUUGCCUGCUUCGUGCUGGUGCUCACUCAGAGCUCCAUCUUCAGCCUGCUGGCCAUCGCUGUGGACCGCUACAUUGCCAUCAAGAGACCUCUCAGGUAUAACAGCCUUGUGACGGCAGGGAGGGCGAAGAGCAUCAUCGCAGUGUGCUGGGUUCUCUCUGUGGGCAUCGGCCUCACGCCCAUGCUGGGCUGGAACAGGGGUGCCACUGCCACCAACAGCAGCUCAUGCCCCGUGGGCAUGACAGAGUGCCUGUUUGAGGGUGUGGUGACCCUGCACUACAUGGUCUACUUCAACUUCUUUGGCUGUGUGCUGGUGCCUCUGCUGGUCAUGCUGGCCAUCUACGCCCGCAUCUUCAUGGCGGCGCGGCGCCAACUGAGGCUGAUGGACCUGAAGCUGGCUCACAUGUACACCCACGGGACAAGUUCGUCGUCCACCUCUUCCCGCUCCACCCUGCAGAAGGAGGUCCACGCGGCGAAGUCUCUGGCCAUCAUCGUGGGGCUGUUCGCCUUCUGCUGGCUGCCCCUGCACAUCAUCAACUGCUUCAACCUGUUCUGCCAGGACUGUGGGCGCCCACACAUAUGGGUGAUGAACAUCGCCAUCCUCCUGUCCCACGCCAACUCCGUGGUCAACCCCUUCAUCUACGCAUACCGCAUCCGGGAGUUCCGCCACACCUUCCGCAGGAUCCUGCGCCAGCACGUGCUGGGCCACCAGGAGGAGAAUGGUGGUGACAGAGGCGUGGGCGGCAGCAUUAGUGCCAUGCGCUCCGCCCCUCGCAUCAGCAUGGUGGAUGGAUCAUGUGGCACCAUGGUGAACAGUUAUGCCUUGGAGCCCAGCCCCAAACUCAACCCCACUAGGACUCACAUAGGGAUCCAUAGAGCUGAGAAAGUGGCUUCCUCUGCCUUCUGUCAGUGGUCGGCACCACAGUCAGACCCUGCACCAAUCAGCUACAUCCAAAAUGGAUACCACAGAGGGGAUGCCCCACUGUCGCUUAGGCGGAAGCAGUGCAUCAUGGGAUGUGCGGUCCAAAGUGGGGUUGAGACUAAGAACCUUGGGGGAACAACAGAGGUGAUGGAGGUGACAGUGGGAACAUCUAAUUUGUGCACGUCAGGCCUCUGUCCCCCUCACAGACCAUCUCUAACCACUCAGUAGAACUCAUUGAGGUGUCAUGAUAUAGUUAUCCCCAUGAUGAACAAGUUACUGAUACCCCAACGUACGUCAUCAACUACAAGGGGGAGAAGUGAGGGACCAAACAUAAAGCAUGUUCCCUACGCCUGUAAAGGAUUUACCUAAAUCUUGGAAAUGCUUGCACUGAGAAGAAAUAGCAUUUCUUUCUUUAGGAGGGAGACUCCUUAGCCUGGAAAGGAAACAACAAACUGGUAUUAAGUUACUUCCAGCCAUUUAACUUUUUUCUUUCUUCAAAUGAUUGUAUUUGUUGUUCACAUAGCUGUUUUUCUGGACAUAUUUUGUAUACGUCACCUCUGAGGCUUUUUACUGUAGGCUAAUGGUCUUUCUAAAUUGAAAGAUUGAUCACAUUAUAAAUGAAUGGACUGGUCUAACGAACACCUGUUGUAUGCUGACAGAUUAUGACCAAAACCAUAAUGACCCCAACGACUGUGCAACACUGUAUGAUACAAUAUCCGGUAUUGCUGGUCAACCACUAUGCAGUUAAUUAAACUACUGUAUGUCAGUGUGAAGUUUCUGAAAUGUAUUCUUUCCCUUUUGCAAUGCAGUAUUCCAAUUUUUGUCAUAUACUGUUUUCAAAAGCUGGUCCCUUGUGUUUACUUGUCAGAUUAUUAAAGUCUUAAAUAAGCUCUAUUA